ACAUUAUUUUUCUUCAAGGAACGGAAGUCAUAUUUAAAGUAGCAUUGAGCCUACUCAGCAGUCAAGAAACAUCUAUAAUGGGGUGUGAGAGUUUUGAGAACAUUGUUGAUUUUCUUAAAACCACUAUUCCAGAUAUGACUCAGCCUCAAAUGGAAAAAAUUAUUACUCAGGUGUUUGAGAUGGAUAUUUCCAAACAGCUCCAUGCCUACGAAGUAGAGUACCAUGUUCUUCAGGAUGAACUGCAGGAAAAUGUGAAUCCCUGUGAUGAAGGUGAACCCCUGGAGAAGCUUGAGAGGGCAAACAGUCAUCUGAAGAGACAAAACAUGGAUUUAUUGGAGAAGCUACAGGUUCCUCUCUCCAAACUUCUUAGCUGUGUUCUCUCAAAUAAAUUCCCCUCUUGUAAAGUCAACGGAGUUGUUGAGCAGUCCCCGCUCUAUGUCAAUCCUCAGCAAGGCCAGUCUGUCAACGUGACCUGUGCCUUGAGGAGCUCCCAUGGGUAUGAGGAGCUCUACUUGCUCAAGACACACGUGCAACGUGAAACGGUGCUGUAUGUCUCAAGUCAGAACGCUUCAACUGUUUGUUCUGCUUUUGCUGAUCGCUUGGAGUAUUCAGAGGAAGAAAAGAAAAUAGUGAUAACUCUACGCAACUUGCAGAAAAAUGACAGUGGUGUAUAUGUGUGUGCUGUGGUGAUGAAAAAUUCCUCUUUCCUCUCAGCGAAUGGGAGGGGCACAAUGAUGCUCAUUAAAGAAGUGGAGCAGUCAGAGUGUGUUUAUAGUUCCUGGGGCAUCUAUGCUCUUGUCAUCGUGGUCGCGCUACUGUUUUUGGAGCUAACGUGCUGCGCCUUGUACAACGCCAAG